CGUCAUGAUCAAGGAAGAGGGGGAUUCUGGGGCUUGAGGCAGCGCCAUUUUCGCGCAGGAAGCUGCUUCUGUCAGUCGGGUAGGGACGCGCCUCUGACUGACCGAAACCCCGUUCAAGUAUCCGAAGAACACAACGCUCGACUGGCGACUUUGCCCACCCUCUGAGGCCCGACGACUAUGUGAGAUCCGGCGGCCGCCCUGAGCCCACCGGAGGCCGUCCCGCGGUGUCGUUCGCUCAGACGCGUUUUUCCAGACCCCCGCUAUUAAGUAAUCGCUUGUACAGGCGGGGACCAGGUGAGCUGAAGCCGUACUGAAGCUCGGACACCGGGGGCUUGUAUCUGCCGGCGGCCUCGCCCUGCCUGCAGCUCACCCCGCCUGCAGCUCACCUCUCUAGCUUAAGAAAGAAGGCCGGCUGAGAGGUGUGCGACGAACCCACCCAUCCCCCGGAAUAAACCGGUGAAUCGCUGCCCAUAAGUAACCCGAAGACUGGAUGCUAAGCGGAGCGGAUGCAUGAGAACAUGUCAACGAUGGUGUGUGUGAAGGAGGAUCUGGACGAGAAGCUCUCCCAGGACGAGAUCAUCUCCAGGACCAAGCAGGUGAUACAGGGCCUGGAGGCCCUCAAGCAGGAGCACCAUUCCAUCCUGGAUGGCCUGCUCCAGACGCUGCGAUGCCUCAAGCAGGACGAGGAGAGCAGUCUGGUGGAGGAGAAGUCGGUGAUGAUCCGCAAGUCCUUGGAGAUGUUGGAACUGGGGCUGAGUGAGGCACAGGUGAUGAUGGCGCUGUCGGGCCACCUUAGCACAGUGGAGUCGGAGAAGCAGAAGCUGCGGGCGCAGGUGAAGCGCCUGUGCCAGGAGAACCAGUGGCUUCGUGAUGAACUGGCAGGAACGCAGCAGAAGCUGCAGCGCAGCGAGCAGAGCGUAGCCCAGCUGGAGGAGGAGAAGAAGCACCUGGAGUUCAUGAACCAGCUGAAGAAGUAUGAUGAGGACCUCUCCCCCUCGGAUGAAAAAGAUUCUGACUCCUCCAAGGAGAACCUGGAUGACCUUUUCCCUAACGAUGAGGACGAGCAGGGCCCAGGCAUGCCGCAGCACAACACGGGCAGUGCCGCUGUGGCGGCCGCCCAGCAAGGCGGCUAUGAGAUCCCGGCACGCCUGCGCACGCUGCACAACCUGGUGAUCCAGUACGCCUCGCAGGGCCGCUACGAGGUGGCCGUGCCCCUGUGCAAGCAGGCGCUGGAGGACCUGGAGAAGACCUCCGGCCACGACCACCCCGACGUGGCCACCAUGCUCAACAUCCUGGCGCUGGUCUACAGGGACCAGAACAAGUACAAGGAGGCCGCAAACCUGCUGAACGACGCACUGGCGAUCCGGGAGAAGACCCUGGGUCGGGACCACCCAGCGGUGGCGGCCACACUCAAUAACCUGGCUGUACUGUAUGGGAAGAGGGGCAAGUAUAAGGAGGCGGAGCCACUGUGCAAGAGGGCCCUGGAAAUCCGGGAGCAGGUUCUAGGUAAGGAUCACCCCGACGUGGCCAAGCAGCUGAACAACCUGGCUCUGCUGUGCCAGAAUCAGGGCAAGUACCAGGAGGUGGAGCAUUACUACCAGCGGGCCCUGGUCAUCUACCAGACCAAACUGGGACCCGACGACCCCAAUGUGGCCAAGACCAAGAACAACCUGGCAUCCUGUUACCUCAAGCAGGGGAAGUUCAAGCAGGCUGAGACGCUGUAUAAGGAGAUCCUCACGCGAGCCCACGAGAGAGAAUUCGGCUGUGUGGACGAUAUGAACAAACCGAUUUGGAUGCAUGCAGAGGAAAGAGAGGAGCUGAGCAAGGGAAAGCAGAAAGACGGGUCGCCCUUUGGGGAGUAUGGAGGCUGGUACAAAGCUUGCAAAGUGGACAGCCCCACCGUGACGACCACGCUGAAGAACUUGGGUGCCCUCUACAGGCGGCAGGGCAAGUUUGAAGCGGCAGAGACCCUGGAGGAGGCAGCAAUGCGCUCGCGAAAGCAGGGCCUGGACACGGCACACAAGCAGCGUGUGGCGGAGGUCCUGGGUGACCCUGAGGCUCGCGAGAAACAGCACAGCCGCGAGAGUCUCAACUCCGAUGUGGUCAAGUAUGAAAGUGGCCCAGACGGGGGCGAGGAAGUGAGUAUGAGCGUGGAAUGGAACGGGGACGGCUCCGGCUCCCUGAAACGCAGCGGCUCCUUCAGCAAGCUUCGGGCCUCUCUGCGGCGCAGCAGCGAGAAGCUGGUGCGCAAGCUGAAGGGCGGCGGUUCGCGGGACAGCGAGCCCAAGAACCCUGGCAUGAAGCGUGCCAGCUCGCUGGGUGUUCUAAACGCACUGGACCAGGCGGCCGGGGAAACCAUCCAAGAACGAAAUAAUCGUCUGAGGAAAAACCGAGACCUGAGUGCCAGCCACACGGAUCUGGCGCACUGACGGUCUUGUCGGGAAGACCCCCCCCCCCUUUCUGAGCAGACGGUAGCCCACGGUCUCCCAGUGUCCCUGCCCCACAGGCAGUCCUGUUUUCCUGCGACUGAACAUAUACGCUCUCUGUCCGCUCGAUCUCUGCCGACUUUAAGUCUCACCGCCAUCUUGUCGCUGGUUUUUCUGGAUGGGAGCAGAGGAUUAUCCACCUUCACAAUGAAGUGCGUAGGACUGUAAGUGGGCGCACUUCUGAGGAGCAUCACCAGGGGGCGAUGUGGUAUUUUAAUUUUAGGUUGGGUUUUCAUGUAAAUAGGGGGUUUCUGUCAUUGAUCAUGUUUAAACUGUUGUUACCAUUCAUCUUGAUUAUUAAAUGUAACCUUUCAUCUCCUGGGUGAGUGGUCACAGGGUGCUAUAUUGCUGCCCUCAUCACUGACUCCAAGGUCUCACUUCACUGGCUGUUUUCAGUACUGACAAGAUCUUUUGGAAAGGCGUCUGUUUACAUUUGGUUAUAGAACCUAUGAUUUCUGAUGGGGCGGGCUGGGGGGGGCUGCAUUUUUGGGAUUUUAAAAGCCUUGAAAUUUUCACAGGGGCUUAAAAACUGCAUCGCUGCAAGAUGGAUACUUAGCUGUAGAUAAAAGAGCUUUGACAAGUCAGACUGCAGAUCUGUCUGUCUCUCAGGAUUCAAACGAAAAGUAAAGAGCGGUUUUAUUACAGUUUAUAUAAAUCUUUGAUGUGCACUUAACUGAAAACGAUUAAAUUUAUGCCUGUUACACUCUUCAAAAAAGGGACUUAAUCCCUUUAUAUAUUAGCUUAGAUUUUUUUUAUAUCAGCUGCUGAUUAGUAAUGAUAAAUUUUACUGGUUUGUCUAGAAAAGCAUUAGGGUUAAAGCUGCCUAUGGACUGUACAUGUUUACAGUCCAUUUAAAAUACAAAUGUUACUUUAUAAAGAAGAGGUUUGGUUUUGUUCAUGCAUUAAAAAUUGUUUACCAGAUUCCACCAUCUUACUUAGAAACUAGUGGUCUCUCUAUUUUUGGCCCCAAGGAGGAAAAAAAAUGUAUGAAUGUGGGAAUAAGGCAUGGUGGCUCUGAAUAUCUAAGAGGUCUGUCUCCACAUGGUGGAAGCAUCUGGAUUUUAAGUGCUUGUACUCCUAAUGGGGUAGAAGAAAGCAAGCUGGCUGAAAGGCAGUGAUGAAUUCACCAUUAAGUCAGACAUCUCAUUAGGAAUGCGGACCAGAGUGUCCUGCUAGCCUUUGUCAGACUGCCCAGAGAGCCAAAACAGCCUGACACGCGGGAGUGAAAAGUAACAGGAAGUGGAAAGAAAACGUCGACCGUUUUUGAUUGAAAAAGUGUUGGCAAGGAGCAGAGAAUAAUCAAACUGCAAAUCCACCCAUCCUUUGUUGAGCCUAGGACCUCUCAAAGGAAGAAGGGUCUGAGGCAGGGCGAACCCUGGACGGGACGUCUUGUCUAUCGCAGGUCAAACUGUAGAUGUCCUUCACAAAAUCUGGAACUAUGCUGAAACUGUUGACGUUAACAGGAAGCUGACAGGAAAUGUGCAGGAUGUGCUGCUCUAUGUCGCUGGUGGUUAGGGUGAAGAAAAUAAGACGGGCGCUGUUAGCGUGUCUAUUUCAUGUACUCCAUUUCGGCUUUACCCCUUUGCACAGGACGUAUAGAACGUCACAUACACAUUUGUUACCAGUGACACUCUGUCCAAGUCGCUACAGUGUGACUUUAGAAAUCCAUUGUCUUCAUUGUAUUCAAACUACCUGUAAAUGACUGUACUGAUAAAAAAAAAUAAGCCAGUAACAUAAAAAUAAGCCAGUAACAUUAGUUUGUAUUAACAUACCACGUGCAUUGUUUUCCCUGCUUUGAAGUUGUUGUUUGUGGAAGAACUGAAUGUAAAAUAUCACUUGCAACAGGGAAAUGCCUGUAGACUGUUGAUCAGUUUGUGUUAUGAUCAUGACAUUUUAAAUUAUUUUAUUCUAUAUUCUUAAGGUUCAUGUGGUGGUGGAAUAUUUUCAGUCUGAAACCAUGUAUGGAUACAAAUAUGAAGAAUCACUGUACGAAUUAUGUACUGUUCGUAUUAGAGGUAAAGUGUCCCAUUUCCAUUUACUUCUGUCUUACUGGCCAUUUAAAGUGUUUAAAAUACAUGUGUUCCCUCCAUCUUAGAA